CAUUCUUUUCCCCAAACAGAAAAGGAACCACAAAAUGGACCCCUCGUUCCCCUCCUCCCUCGCCGCCCUCCACUUCCCCUCCUCCGAGCAGCAAUCCAUCAGCCAGACGCUGACGGCGCUGCGCCGCUCCGCCCUAACCGUGACCAACCGGCUGACCAGCAUCGCGACGGACGCGCAGUUCGUGGCCGAGGUGCGCGACCACUACGCCCUCCCGUUGAUCGCCAACGAGCGGUGCGGCAGCUGGUACAUCGCGCCGCGCGACAAGACGGGCAGCGUGUACUUCAAGAGCACGGACGGACACACCGGGGUGUGGGAUUUCAGCUCGCGUAGACUCAAUCUGCAGGUGUUGGGCGUGGCGGGGCAGUAUGGGGGAUGCAUAAUCGUAGAUUCGACGCGGCGGGGUAAAUUAAUGCCCGACGCCCUGUCGAAAACAAUCCCCAUCUGGACGGCCGUGCUCAACCGCGCCCUCUUCCCCGACGCCCAAGCCUACCACCCCGUGCAAUUCCCCCCGAACUUCCUGCCGGCCUCGGAAGAAUCCCAGAUCGAGCGGCGAAUCGACGGCUUCGUUAGGGACUUGCUGAACCUAAACCUCUCCCUCCCCACCCUCCGCACCCAACUCGCCCGCCCCAUUCGCCUCGCCUGGGCCAACAGAGCCUACUUCCACCCGACCACGCUCACUGCCUCCCCGGACGGCGAAUACAACCUCUUCGUGCUGUGCUCGGCCUCAAAGCGCGUGCACGGCGCUGAGAUCUCCGCCGGCGGGUACAUCCAGGGCGCCGGAGACGACAGCGAGAGCUGGGCGCUGGGGCUCACGGCCCCGCUGUUCUGGGCGCACAAGGACGAGCUCCUGCGGCGGAAUGAGGAGGAUAUUCCCGGGUUGAUUGCGGAGUUGCUGGCGCGGGAGAAGGAGGGGAGGUCUCCUCCCGGUGGGCACGAGCAGGGGGCGGAAGGGAAGGCGGUGCGGAUUGCUCCCACGAGGAAUCUGUUUCUGGGGCGAGCGGGGGAUUUUGCAGACACAAAGGGUGGGGUUGGGUUCGAUCUGGUGGUGGAUUGUAAUGCCAGACCCGAGACGACGGCUGCGCAAGGCAGGAGGCUGGAUUUGGGCUGCGGACCGGCGAAGUUGGGCAGUCGGGAUCUGCGCAAGAGCCUCGACCGCGUGCGGGAGUUCGUCAGGGAGCAUCUGUUACACAACCCGGAGGCGUCGGUGCUGGUGGUGUGCGAGUCUGGCCGGGAUCUGUCGGUUGGCGCCUUGUUGGCGAUUCUGUGUUUGUUUUAUGAUGACGAGGGAAACCUCACCCCCACCGAGAGGAAGAGUAUCGGCAAGCAGUUCAUUCGGCAGCGGUUGGCCUGGAUCACCCUGUGCAAGCCGGAUGCGAACCCCUCGCGCUCGACCUUGCAGUCGGUUAAUGCGUUCUUGAUGGAGAGGCCGGAUUAUUGAGGUGGACAGGAAAGGUUGGAUAGAGUAUCGGCAG